AUGACUGCCACAACACAAUAUCUGAUCAUGGUCCGUGCAAUAGACACAAAGUUAACCCGUCCAUGUACGGCCUACCAGGGAAGGUGCGCUAAAUUAAAAGAUUCCAAUUGUGAAAGUACGUUUGGUUCUGGAUGGUCAGAAAAAGGCAGUUGUUGUCGAAAAAGAACGUGUUGCGUGUUUCAGUGUGAAGAUAUUCCGACCAACAGUCUUGCAAAUGGGACUGUCAUUGUAGCGGAAAGAAAUGUUGGAUCAACGGCAAAGUUUACCUGUGACGCAGGACUUUUCCUGGCUGGUAGACAAAAUAUAACGUGCACAACAUCAGGCUGGGAUGGGAAUAUUCCACAAUGUACAAACAUAUCAUGUCCUGAGACGGUAGCCUUCUUUAAUGGUUCAAAGUACAUAUUCAAAUGUAACGGUGGAAAUUGGUCUAAUUCUGAGGCUAACUGCAAUGUCCUUGGUGGACAUUUGACUUCUGUUGACACUGGUGACGAAUACGCUUUUUUAAUGGACGUUAUUGCAUUGAUGAUCCAACACAUAGAGCAAAUACUUUAUGGAUUUUUUUGGAUUUGGGAACCAUUUAACUACAGUGACUGGUACCCUGGAUCACCACAGCAACCAGAUAAUAAUAAUACGCAAAAUAUGCCAGGCGCAUACUGUACUUUGUUGUUUCCUCCGUCUCCGUUGCCUUCUUCAAAAUGGAAUUACCACCCUUGUAGUGCACAAUCAAGGUCCGUUUGUGAAAUUCGAUUGACAUAAUAUAUAUCUAUCAGUUUGAGAGAGCCAUAUGCAUUAUCUGAGGACGACAUGAUAUUUGUCGAGUUGGAAGCGAGAUCUGAACUAUAUGAGGA